AUGCAAUCUUUUCUCUUCCUUAUUUUCUCGGUGAUCUAUGUUGUGACUGUGAUUGGCAAUAUACUCAUUUUUGUUUUGGUGGCGGCUGAUCGGCACCUCCACAAACCCAUGUACUUCUUCCUGUGCAACUUGGCCUGCUUGGAAACCUGCUGCAGAGCUGUCACGAAGAGCAGAUACUGUCUGAGGCUUGUAGCUUGGUCUUGGAUGGAUGGUUUCCUUGUUAUGGCCAUAAGCUGCUUCUUGAUUUCACAACAUUCCUUCUGUGGUCCCAAUUUUAUUGAUCUUUUCUUUUGUGAUUUCACUCCAGUGAUAAAACUCUCCUGCGUUGACAGCAGCCUGAUUGAAAUGUUGGUGUUUAUUGUCUUAUCACUAUGUGCACUAUCCUCUUUCCUACUAAACCUGGUGUCCUACAUGUGUAUCAUCACCAGUGUCCUGAGAAUGUCUUCCACCACCAGGAUGCAAAAGGCUUUUUCUACCUGCUUUUCCCACCUCAUUGCUAUUACAGUUUUUUAUGGAAGCUUAAUAAUUGUUUAUGACCUACUAAAAACAGACUCUAAGAGUGCUGAUAAAGUCGUCUCAGUUUUCUAUACAAUUGUGACUCCACUACUCAACCCCCUCAUCUACACUCUGAAAAACAGAGGUGUGAAGGAUGCUCUGAGCAAGGUGGUCAAGAAAUGUGAAUAUUUCUUAAAG